UGCUAUCAAAAUUGUAUACGGUGCAAAAAUAUUAAUUUAUCCAUAGAAAUUGUACGCACAAGCACAUAUCGAAUGAGAUGCAUGCAUAAUUGAGGUUCCACACAGGCUCCAAAGCACAUACGAACAGAGACAGAGACCGAAAUGACGAAUUGCACACCCAGUAAAUCGCACAAAAAUUUCGAGAGAGAAAAAAAAACAUCGACCGUCGAUGACUAAUUAUUCGUGAGCUCUUUACGGUCAAAUUGUGAACAACACUGACAAGCCUCCCGAGAACCAAUGCAACACUCACAUACCAAACAAAAACAACAAAAAUGCACGGCAUCAUUCGAAUUUGGACGUGAUUUCAAGCGUAAAUUCCAAGCGACUUUUGCUCGAAAUGAAAUGCGAACCAAUGUUGAGUUAAUCGAAUGUGUGUUCAUGGUUGAAGAUCAAACGACCGCUAAAGCACUUUCCACUUCAUUUGAAAUGCGAAACAAUACGCACAUCCAGACACAUACGAGAGUAUAAAUAUCGCGCAAACCACAACAAGAAUGAGCAGAGAGGCGAUAAUAAAACAAUAAUAAGAACAGCAACAGCACAAGCAGAAUAUCGCCAAAAGCGAGGUGAAGUGAGCAUAAAAGGAAACAAUGAAAUCUACCGUACAAUUGGUAAGACACGAAACGAGUGAGAAACAGUUCUUUCGAAUCAUGGCCCCAGCGUAUGAAUGCGCGCGCGAGCACACAAAGUGUAUACCAAGAGUAGAGUUCAGGGUAUAGAGCAAACAAUCGAAAACCCGACAGCCACGGCGUACACACGGACUCUGUGUAUUACCGAUGUAAAUUGCCCCGUUGAACAUAUAUCAGCACGUGCUACUUAAUUUCAAUGCGCACCGAAAAUUCGCGUGACUACCAAUUUUCAGGCACACAUUUCUUCUUCGCUUUUUUUUCACACAUAAUUUGUGCAUCGCAUUCUUGUUUUCUUCAGCUUCGGCAUUUUGCAUUCUAUUGAUGAGAGAGAGGGAGAGAGAGACGGAGAGAGAGAGAGAGAGAGAGAGAGAGAGUGAGGGUGAGACAGGAGAUGUGCGAAAACGGCAUGAAACACACAACGCGGAAUCUUCUGGUGUCGUCGCCGUCAUGGUCCUUGUGCAAAUGUGACUUUCCAUGAAACGAAAAAGGACGAUGACGAUUGUGUCGGCAGAUAUGAAAGAGAUGUGCGCUUUUGUGCGACCAAGCGUAUACAUUUGAAUCGAUUGAGUCUUUGAUAUGACUGGUUAUGCAAUCUGUGCGCCCCGAAUCGAAAUUGCCAUCGACAACAACAACGAUAACGACGACGAUGACUGCGGCGUCGUAAACAACAUCGCCGGCGAUUCGAUAUCGAUUCCGAUCAUUUAUGGGCCAAAAAUCAUGAAUGAAGAUUUGAUUUUACGCCUCGACUAUUUUCGCACAUCCCACAAAAAACGAGCAAGUUUUUAAUUCAACAUUAAAAUGCAAUUGACGAUUGACCGAUUCGGUUUUUCGGCAUGUGUUGUUGCUGUUGUUUUUUUCCCAUUCUUGGUUGCCUGUGAACUUUGGAUUGUGGUGUGUCCAAAAUGCGAUUUCAGUUGGAAACAAAUACAUUCUUCGUGCGGUGGAAGAGACACACAACGAGUCGAAACACACAUUCUUGUGCGCUCAACCCGACAUCGUCAUUGUCGUCGUCGUUGGCGUUGUCGUUGUCACACGAAAUGCACAUUUGUUCAAACUAUUUCGUCGAUUACACAUGUCUAUUCGAUUUGAUAUUUGUACUGUGCGGUUGUGGAGUAUGUGUAUUCAUAAAUGGCCAUAAAGACUUUUGACAUACACACACACACACACACAAACACACCGAACAUCGAAACCGAACUGAACCGAACCAACGUACACACACUCCAUACAUUAGAGCCGACUGUGUGUCGGGCUACCAAUGCAUUUUCGCUUUUUUAUUUACACACCGACAAAAUCAUCGAGAAAAAAAAACCAUCGGCACUAACAGCAGCAGUAAUACACACAGAAAUUGAAGGAAAAAAAAAGAAUCAAGCAAACGAACGAAAAAAAAGCAGCAGGAGCAGCAAUUCACGCGCGCGUUUCGCGAAACAAAUACAAAAAUCGACGAAUGAACGAAAGAGACAAUUGCUUGGCUGCUGUGGAGUCUUGUUGUUUCAACGGAACACAGUGUGCGAACGAAAAGGAGGGAAAAAGAGAGAGAGAGCAAGAGAGCUGCCACCUCCGCUUCGGCUUCUAUGCGCUUUAUGAGCGCUCCUCUACAUUCGAAAUGAAAUCGCUCUUACACUCUAUCUAUAAAUGUAUAGUAUAGAUAUAAAAAAAAGGCAAAGUGAAAUAAAAAAAAACACAUUUUAAACGCAACACACAAAUUCGCCAUCCAGUUUCAAUAUGUGGAUGCAACAGAAACGAACGGCAUUCUUUAUGUGUUCUCUCCCCGAGUCUCUUUCUAUCUUUGUCUCUCUUGCUCGCUCGCUCGCUCUCACUCCGGCCGAAUUUCUCUGUUCGUUUUGUGUUCGUUUGUAUGUAUGUCUGCCCGUUCUCUCUCUUGCUCGCUAUGGGUAGAACGCAAAAAAGCAUUAUCAAGUAAAAGCGCGCGGGUUCUCCGGUUAGUUUAUCAAGUUGCUUUAAAGUGUUCGCCAGACAAACCGAAAAAACGCGGUGCGCUUAUUUAGUUCAAUUCAUUUCAUUGUUGUUGUUGUUGUUUUUUUUCCCAAUGCGUUGUGUGCAUUAUUUGCUACAAAUUUUUUUUUCUCUUUGCAUAUUUCCUCUUUAGCCCGAGUAGCAAGAGAUAGAUAGAGAAAGAAGUGAGAGUGAGAGAGAUCCUCUUUGUGUGUUUGUAUCGUACAUAUGAAAACGAUAAAUGUCCUCGAUGAAUCGGCGGCGUGCGCGUCUAACUUCCAAAUUGCAUUUCAAUUUCGGCACUUCAAGUUGUUUAUAUAUUUAUUCGUUUCGGUGUUCGCCUAUAAAUUACAACACAGUACACUGUCGUGUACGUUCGUUCUUGUUCUGAUAUUCUGUGUGUACGCGCGCACCGUGUCGCGUUCUUCUUCGCCUUAUUUUAUUUGUUUGUUUGUUGGUUGUGUGCACAAGUCACUUUUAUUCUAGUUUUUUUUCCUCCUUCUUCUGUCGUUUCGGUGGUUUUCUUGUGAUUCGCGCGAUUCGCAUCUGAUUUUUUGUGUGACUUUCCACUGUCACUUUUGCUAAUUUUGCAGGCCGUUCUGUUAUUCCUGUUUAGUUGUUCAAUAUUGUGUUUGCUGCAUGUGUGCGUGCGUGCGUGUGUUUGUUGUGUUUGGUGUGUGUUGAUAUUCCUUUAGUCGGCAUAGGUCUUCUGUGGCAGUUCUUCGUUUGUAGCCCGUUGCUGCCGCCGUCAUUUCGUUAAUUGUCAAACUGGAUAAAAAAAAACAGUGCCGAAUUUCGAUUUGCAAAUGUUUUGCGUGGCGAUUGGCUGUCGACUCAAACACAUCAUAUAGUAUAUGUUACAACCCAUUCAUCGGUUUGACGUCGAAUGAUUAAUAUAAUAUUGGCAUACCACACCAGUGCACUUGAUGAAAAAAAAAAUAUAGACAAUUCUUCAUUUGCUACUUCUUCUUUUACUUCUUUCCAUUCUAUUGGAUUUUCGUUUUCAUUUCGCACACACAAUACCACCCAAUUUUCAUUUUAUAAUACACAUAUAUUUGAUUGGACCCAUCAUUUUGUUCGUUGUCUCUGUGUCGUUGUGCCGUUGGCUCACGAUUCUAAGUGAAACGGUUGUGUGUGACUUUCGUUGCUGUUGUGUGUGUUUUUUUCUUCUUUCGUUUCAUCAUUGCAAUUGUUAAAUCAUCAGCAAUUUGAAUAAUGACACGGCGAAGGAAUUCCACGAAACGAUUUACGGUCUAAUUCGGGAUGACGUUUGUUUUGAUAAGAAUCGACACGAAAGUUUAGUGAACAGAAAAUUUGUCACAAGAAAUUUUUUUGGGGCAACCGUUUAAGUGCAAUCGAAUGUGUAUGAAUGUGUUUUUGAGAAAAGUUUUUUUCCGUUUAAAUUUUAAUCGAUACCAUAAUAUUCAUCCAUAUUUUCUGUUACAUUUUUUCUCUCUUGCCAAUAUUCAACUAGGGAGGACCGUCGUAAGUGCAAUUUUCGCCAACGCUCACAAAAAUUCACAAACACAUACAAAUACACACACAUCAAUCAAAUACCCCAAGAAAACAAAACAACAAACAAGCAAACUUCGAAGCGAAAUUGAGCGACUGUAAAAUGCAUUUGCUGGAAAUUUAAUGCAAAUUGACCCCAAAAAACAAGUGCUGAAUGGGUUUUUUUUACUUAAAAAUUUUACACUCUCUAUAUCUUGGUCAGGUUUUUUUAGUUUCGGCGUUGGUUUACGUUCAAAAGUCAGCACGCCAUUUUUACGUUCCAUUUGCAUAUAAACAACGUGAAUUUUGUAAAAAAAAAAAAAACAAAACACACAGUGAUCAAAAAGUUGAGUUAUUAAUUUUUGUGUACUCUUUAAAAAAAAAUGAAAAAAAAUUACGAACUAUAUCGUAAGUGAUGCAACAAAAAAGAAACCAAACGCAACCAACAACUGCUUUUGAGAGCUAGAGAGAGAAAGAGAGAGAGAGAAAGCAUAGCGCGUAAAAAGUCAAUUAAAAGUGGUUAGUUGUGAAAUACAUUUUAUGUCUUUAGUUGGUUGUUUUUCUUUUUCAACUCAACUUUGUAACAAAGUGCGCAACGAGAGAAUUUUUUCCCGAAAAAUUUUUUUUCCGAGAAAGGCGGGCGGGAAAAAAUGAACACUUCUGGAUGCCACAUAAAUCGUGUGCUUUUAGUUUUUUCAUCCGUUGAUUCCUGAACCGUUCAAUUUUUGUUGGUAUUGUUAGUCAAUAAACAACCCUCGGGACAAAUACUGUUUUAUGUCCGUAUGUUGGAGAAACAGACAACCGUUUUGUGCUUUGAAUGAACCAAAUGGACAAAUUGAGUUAUCGUCCCGCAUUUCGUGCUUUUGAUGCGGAGUAAAAAUCGGAACACACAGUUUCGGUUGUUGUUGUUGUCGACAUUCACCGUAGUUUUAAUUGUUAGUCAUUGACACUGUGCAUGCAUGCCGGCUCCGUGUAUUGUCGAUAAACGGCAUAGAAUGGAUGAAAACAAUAACAAACCGAAUUGUCAAUGGAACACAAUUACCACCAGCAAACCCAGUGGAAUGCUGCAGUGAUUUACAUCUGAAUUGAAAAUAGUGACACACCGCCCCUCCACCGUCGAUUGCCACUCAUCACCACCAUCGUCGUCGUCACUCAACACGCAAUUAAAUAACGGAAGAAAACAAUACACACUCAGUCACACUCAAUCCGAACUGGCCUAUCGACGAUAAAAGCAUGAAUAUUAGCAUAUGCAUAAAGCGCAGCAAAAAUCAACAGAAUUGCAUUGCGUCUGUACAUUCGAUACAACGAUAAAUAGAAAAACGAAAAGAAAAAAAAACGCAUAAAAUACAAGCAAAACUAAAUCGCUGCAAUACAUCAUCUCAUUCGUCGUCGUCCGUGUCGUCAUCGGUCCAUCCGUCGUCGACAGUGACACGGCGACAUCUUCUUUUGAAACGCGCGCGUAAAAAACCCGAACCACGAAUUUAUACCAAUUUUCUGUUUAUUCAAAAGAAACGCGCGCGCGUGCACCCACUACAGCGAUUAUAUGCAAUACAAAUAAUAAACUCUAGCCAACGAACAUUUCUCUCUCAUUCACUCGGCCAACCGUGCCACCACCCCAUCACAUAUCAACAUCUAUGAAAAAAAGAGAAGAAAAUACGCAGAGAGUAUCAAUUUGAAACUAAAUUUGUUCGCUCCUUCUCUCGGUGUGUGUGUGUGUAUGCAGCGCAAGAUCAGUGCUCGUUCAUUGUGUGUGUUUGUCUUGCCAGAGGGCAUCAAAACUUGUUCACUUUGUUGAUUAAAAUUGUCUUAUGCGAAACAAUGCCCAUGGGUGGGUGGAUAGAAACAAAUCGCUCUCACAACAAUACAAUGCAGUGCAUCCAGUGUAUGACGCUCUAUUGCUGCUGACUAAAACACUGAACAAUCUAUAUAUAUAAACAGAAAGAGAGAGAGAGAGAGAGAGAGAGAGAGAGAGAGAAGAGAAACACGAACGGCUUAUCAAAACAAAAGAAUUAUUUGGCGCCAAUACACAAACAUUAAUCUAAGUACAAGUUUUAUGAAGAGAAACCAAAAGAAAAGAAACACACAGAGCAAGAAUCUUAAAGCACACGCAAACACACACUUACCCGAGAAAAAAGAAAACGAAUAUUGAUUGAGCACAUUUAGAAGAAGAAAAAAAAACAAGAGCAAAGCCGGCAAGAUGGCAAUAAAUUUUUCUGCCUCGUUUGCCGCAUGCCUAGCGGCCGGCCUAAAGGUGCCCCGGCAAAUUAUGUAUUGUAUUUCACAAGAUACUGCGCCAUACGUUCUCUAUAAAGAUUCACAAGAGGCGGCGGCCGAACGCAAUGCGUUAACCUCAUCAUCGGGACAAUGGAGCGCAGAUAUGUAUCCACAUCAAAGCCACAAUAAUCAGCAUCAACAGCUACCGCCACAGCACACGGCACCACCAACUAGCCCGAGGGACGAAUCGCAACAACAGCAACAAAACGAAAGUAGUCAUCGUAAUUUACCGUCACCAGCAGUCGCUGCUGCUGCCGCCGCCGCCGCUGCAGCCGCUGCACACCCACAACAAACCAAUGCCAAUCAAGAUAUGGACGAAGAUGUCGCCAUAAAUCAGGUGAACUCGUUGCAUCAGCAGCAUCAGAACCAAAAUGUUACACAAAACGGCCAACAGCAGCAGCAGCAACAACAAUCAAACCAACAAUCUUCGCCCGAACAAAAUAUCGAUAUGUCCGCCGAUCAAAAUCAACAGAAUAGCCAACAGCAAAGCAACACGUCAAACAGUCAACCAAUUCGAAACGAUGGAGUUCAAUGCUUUGAUGCGUCACAAGCCGAGCUCAACUAUUAUCGGCAUCCUGGCCAAGCAAUGUUGGCGCCGCACGGAUUUCCGCCCUUACAUUACUUGAACAAACCGUUGCCCGGUCUGAGUAUGGAGCAAGCUCAACAGGCGCUUGAACAAUAUAAUCAAGGCAUACCCGAUCUAUUGCCCGGCCAUAAUAUGCAUCAAACAUCACCGUCGCCCGGUUCCAUCAAAUCCAAAGGCUCCGAUUUGCGGCUAUUCAAAUGCCUGACCUGCGGAAAAGACUUCAAACAAAAGAGCACGCUGCUGCAGCAUGAGCGCAUCCACACCGAUACACGUCCAUACGGAUGCCCGGAGUGUGGGAAACGAUUCCGUCAACAAAGCCAUUUGACUCAACAUCUUCGGAUUCAUGCGAACGAAAAACCAUAUUCGUGUGCGUAUUGUCCCCGAAGCUUUCGACAACGUGCAAUUUUAAAUCAGCAUCUACGCAUCCACUCGGGUGAGAAGCCGUUUACGUGUCACGAGUGCGGCAAACACUUUCGCCAGAAAGCAAUCCUCAAUCAGCAUGUGCGAACGCAUCAAGGCGAGCAACACAGUGGUGCCGGUGCCGGUCUACAGUAUCCUGCCUAUUUCAAAGAUGCAAAGGGCAACAAUCAUUCGGUGUUUGGCGGCAAUUUGGGUUCGUUGCAGUAUUUAAAACCGGGCCAAAAGGGAAUGCUGCCCGAUGUAUUGCAACAGGGUCGAAAUGCUGGCAUGCCAUUAUACGUACGCUGUCCCAUUUGCCAAAAAGAAUUCAAACAAAAGAGUACGCUUCUGCAGCACGGUUGCAUUCACAUUGAAUCGAGGCCGUACCCCUGUCCUGAAUGUGGCAAACGAUUCCGACAGCAAUCCCAUCUGACACAACAUUUACGAAUACACACAAAUGAGAAACCAUACGGAUGCAUAUAUUGUCCGCGCUUCUUCCGACAGAGAACCAUUUUGAAUCAGCACAUACGUAUCCACACUGGCGAGAAACCAUACAAAUGUGGCCAAUGUGGCAAAGAUUUUCGGCAGAAGGCAAUCCUCGAUCAGCACACCAGGACUCACCAGGUAGGUGAUCGUCCGUUCUGCUGCCCGAUGCCCAACUGUAGGCGACGCUUUGCAACAGAGCCAGAUGUCAAAAAGCACAUAGACAACCAUAUGAAUCCACAUUCAUCCAAAUCGCGUCGAAAUCAAAUGAAUAAUGCAGCCGCUGCGGCUGCUGUAAAUGCGGCGGCCGCUGCAGCCGUUUCGAUGCCAGCACCCAUUGACGGCACAAAAACACCGUUCCAACUGUCAAUGGACAAACAGAACAAUUUAAUACCACGCAUGAAUCCAUCGAUCAAACAUGAACUCUACUUCCCGCAAUGCUAUGCCCCGCCGUUUGGCAAUCAAUUUGGCGCUCAGCAACAGGCACACAGCAGCAGCGUUGGAACGACGAACAAUUCAUCGGUACCUAAUGCCAAUACUUCGACAGCGACAUCCUCAGCAAUUCAACCGCCAGCCGUUGCGCAGUGACAUACAACAUUUGCUCCGCAGCACAUGCCGUGAUAAAUACUAUGCAUCCAUGCAUCAAAUUGAAUUACAAAAGCCACCAAAACAAAAAAAGCAACAACAAAAACGGAUGAAAUAUCUGGUUAUGUGUCGUAUAUACCGAGGAGAGUAUAAACAGUUGAGAAAACAGAUGAAAAAUACACAGACAAACACACAUAAAUGAAAAGAGAAAAAAAAGAGUUGAUGUGAAAUGAUGCGGAUCUACUACAAGUUUCAUUAGAAAAUCAUGCAACAAUAUUUAGAUGUAGAUGUUCUUUAUAUUAAUACGCUCUUAAAAUGAUCAAUAUAAUAAUAGAAAUCUAUACAGAUGGGGAGAGAAGAAAAAACAGAAAGGAAAGAGAAAGAGAGAGAGAGAGAGAGAGAAAUAUAAACACACACACACACACAAAAUCGCAAUUCAUUGAAUGGACGCGCUUGAAAAUGUUUGUUUCUCAACGAGAAAUUUUGAUUUCAUUCUUUUUCCGUUAAAUUCAAUUAAAACGAAAGAAUAGCUUAAUGUUUUCAAAGUACGUUUCACACUAAGCAACAUCAAAAAAAAUCGCAGUUCUUCACACAUACACGAGGUGUGUGCUUUCGUUGGUGUCGACACAAAAUGAAGUAAGCAAACGUUUCAACCGAAAAACAAAGGAAAAAAUGAUCUACGUCGUGCUGGCCAUUUCCACAUGAUAUGUGUUUUAGUUGUAAUUGUCUUCCCCGAUCCCCCAUCACCACCCAAGAUGAAAUUACUGUAUAUUAUAGCCAUUUUUAAUUCAAAUCGCGCGUAAUUCAUUUAGACAAGUAAAACGAAAGAAAACGUGUUGCCAUAUUUUUGUUUCCUCUUCCGUUUUUUUUUUCUUGUAUUCGUGACACAAAAAAAAAUGCGAAUUUUCAUUUAUGAGUGCAAUAAAACCCAAUAUUAAAUGAUACAAUUGCCAUAUUAGAAAAUGCAGGGCGAGAAAUAGGGACACAGAGAGAAAUAGAGAGAGAGAGAGAGAGAGAGAGAGAGAGCGAGAGAUAGCGAGGGAAAGAAAAAGGUCGGUGCAAAAAACGCUGAAGCGAAACGUAUAUGUGUUAAUUUGUAGUUUGUUUCCAUUUGCAAAUCCAUACGAUCCAGAAAAAUGAAAUACGAGAGCUAACUUUUAAACAGAACGAAGCGAAAAAGGGAAUAUGUGUGCGAAUUGUAUGGAAUAUUGUGAUACAGUGGCUAGAUCGGUGCCAUUCGGAAUAUGAAUGCGAGACAAACAAAGAGAAAAAUCUAAGAUUUGUUUGCUUUUUUUCUGCACUUAUUAGCUAAGUUUGUGAUUUUUUUCGGUUCGACAGGCAGCUCUUGCCAAUUGAGAAAUCGUAUAGAAUUUCGUUUCGCCUUUAUUUUCAGUCUUAAUUAAAUCGAACUUUUUUUUUACCGUGGUGCAUUUCAUUAUGAAAUUUUUAUAUACAUAUAUUUGGAAUUCGUUUUAUUUCCUGGACAUUUUUGUUUUGUUUCAAUGAGUCGUCAACUUAAGUUAGUAAGACUGUUAGAUUGCAACCGAAAACGACACACAAGUGAAUAUGCCAAUUAUAUAGGAAUAGACAUAGAGGGUGGCCACAGCGCGGAGAGUGUGCUGAUCAGAAAUCGCAAUCAGAUGAUUCUGUUUUGGCUUGAAUUUUGAUCGAAAGCGACUUUUUUUUUUCAUAUUUGUCUUGUGAACAGAUGACACGCAUUUCUUUUAAUCGUAGUUAAGUUUCUUUUUGUUGUUAAAAUACCGAAUUUUUUAGUCAUAAUUAGCAAUCAGAAUAUCAAACACCAAUUUCACUUGGACGUUGGCUUUUUUUAGGGUAUUCUAUCUUUUUAUUCUCUUUUAUACAUAUUCAUCUCGUGUGCAAAAAAAAUAACAGUCGCUUAGGUGCGAACAAGAAUCGUGAAGCAACUGAACCGUAUAUUCAACUGAAUUGGGAACUAUUUAAACGAAUUUCUUUAGCUCGUAAGAAUGAAACCAAGAUUUUUAGCGAUCGGAAAUUUUAAGUUAGUCAUGCUCAUCAAGUUCUUUUUUUUUGUCUCCCGUUUUUAAGCUGCAAUUCCACCGUAAACGAAAUAAUCAUUUAGAAGAGAAUAUGUUUUCUUUUAUAUUUUACUUCUUAGAUGAUGUGCAUUUCCUUUAUCUCCUUCUCCCCCCCAAAGUGAUUUUUUUAUUUUAAAUUUGAAAUUUUUUUUUUUUAGAAAAAAAAAACUAUUUUUGUUGAUUUUUUUUUCUUUAAUAAAACAUUUGAAUUUACUUCUGCUCCUUUUGUCUGUACGAUGGCAAAUUUGUAAUCGAUUUUAUCAAUUUUAUAAAAUUAAAUUGUGAUUUUUUGUUCUAUUAUUGAUAUUUAGAAAGAGAGAGAUGGAGGGAAAUAGAAAGAGCAAAGAAAUUCGAUCGAAACUUUUUAGAUCGAUUAAUAUAAAGAGAGAAAGAGAGAGAGAGAGAGAGAGAGAGAUAAAGAUUUCAUUUUUAAUUAAACAUAUAAGCAAAUAACUACACGCAAGCAUGCAUCAACGCGUACGAAAAAAAAGCUGUCAAUUGUGUGUGGAAAACGAUGCGUGUUUUUGUUUUGUUUUUAAUUGUGCAAUGCAAUGCGCGCUGCUAACAGAACCGAAGGCAAUAGUCACGAGGACACAAAGAAGCAGAUCGAAUGAAAUGCAUUUUAUUUGAUUCAAUUUUUGUUUUAGAUAAAUUUAGCAGCAACAGAAAGAAAAAUAUUGUAAUACACGUAUUAGAUUUAGUUUAGCACGCACUCAUAAUCGAUUCAGAUAACAAAAAUGAUUUUAAUAUAUUCAAUAAUGAAUUUUUA